AGGUCAAUACCCUCCCAACUCUUGCAGUGCUUCCAAAUGUGCGGCCUCACGAAACAAGCCGCAGCCUGCAGCGUUUGAGCAUCCAAGUUAGGGCAAAACGAGGAAGUGCUCUUCUUCCCUCCAUAUCCUCUGCACAGCCGUUGCAUCUUUCCAUCAUUGGUUGCAGGUGAGUCAUUGUUUCCGCCGAUCCUUUUCUGCCUCAAGCGUCGGCUUGGUGCAUCGUCUUCGCAUAUUUGCUCGAGGUUCGCUCGGUUGCUUUCAUCUUCUUCGAUUGAGAUAGUUGUGUUGAUUGAUCCCUGUGUGGUUCUAAUACACAUUUGGUGAUGUGAGCUCUUCCUGUAACCAUCAAGAGGAGCAGUUGGCUGGAGAGAGAAUAUUGCUUCUUAUUGUUCUUCAUUUGUUUAGAUUGUUUUUUCGGUUUCAAAUCUCGUCCUUCUGGUUAUGGGGGAUUACAAUGAUGCUUUCAUGCGGGGGAAGGAUGCAGCUGUUCAGGCUCGGACCAAGGCACAGAAUAGAGCAACUGUCUUGCAGUUGAAGCUGAUUGGGCAAAGUCAUCCAACAGGCCUCACUGCAAAUCUUCUAAAGCUUUUUGAACCAAGGCCUCCUUUGGAGUAUAAACCCCCGCCUGAGAAAAGGAAAUGCCCUCCAUAUUCAGGCAUUGCACAGUUUGUGAGUGAAUUUGCUAAACCUGGGGACCCUGAAUAUGCCCCACCAGUGGUGAAGGGUGAAACACCGGCACAAAGGAGAGCACGAAUUCAUAAACAGCGACUAGAAAAUGGUGCUCUAAGGGCCUCUGAAGAGCUUCAAAAAUAUGACCCAUCAAACGAUCCCAACGUAUCAGGCGACCCUUACAAAACGCUUUUUGUGGCUAGGCUUAGCUAUGAGACAACUGAGCAUCGUAUCAAAAGGGAGUUUGAGGCCUAUGGGCCAAUUAAACGGGUCCGUUUGGUUACUGACAAAAAUACAAACAAGCCUCGAGGCUAUGCCUUCAUUGAGUACAUGCACACUAGAGACAUGAAAACUGCAUAUAAACAAGCAGAUGGACGAAAAAUUGAUAAUAGGAGAGUCCUUGUGGACGUAGAACGUGGUAGAACAGUUCCAAAUUGGCGUCCUCGCAGGCUUGGUGGUGGACUUGGGUCUACCAGGAUUGGAGGCGAAGACUUGAAUCAAAAGCAUUCUGGCAGAGAGCCUCAGCAGAUCUCAGCCGGAGGUGCUCGGCGGUCUGAGGAACCAAGAGUUAGAGAAGAUCGGGUCUUAGAUCGUGACAGGGAAAUGUCUCGUGAAAGGGGGAGGGAUAGGGAGCGAGGAAGAGAGAAGUCCCGUGAACGCUCACAUGAGAGAGGAAGAGAUCGUGAUGUCAAGGAAGAUAGGCAUCAUCGAGACCGUGAUCGAAACCGAGACAGGGAGAGAGAGAGGGAUCGUGGCCGUGAUCAUGAUCGUGACCGCGACCGUGACCGUUCCCAUCGUGGUCGAGAUCGUGAUCGUGAUCGUGAUAGAGAGCGUGACCGUGACCGGGAGCAUGACCGUGACCGAGACCGUGAACGUGAACAUUAUAGAGAUAGAGAUAUGGAUUAUGAGCAUGGCGAACUUGAUCGGGAUUAUGAGCAGCCUAGGGAAAUGAAAAAUGAUUAUGGGCAACAUGUGGUGCCUGAGCAUGGGCAUGAUCGAUUUGGGUCUAUUCAACCAGCUGAGAAGUAUGAUGUUUCGAAUGACCAUGGACAUGAACGCUAUGCACGUGUUGAGCCCGGCCAUGCUGAUGAGCAUUAUGGUCAUGAUCUUGAUCAUGAAAGGUACGAGCAGGGGGAGUUUGGACAAGAUGAGCGUGAGUGGUCUCCUGAUAGGGAUCGCAAAUAUGACCAUGACGAGAGACCCGAGUGAGACUGCUGAUUGUAAGCUGUGGCAAGGUUAAGCUGUCCCUCUCUCCCUCUUCCUGGAAACGUCCAUCUCGUGCCUGCAGUCUAACUGUUUCCAGGUGUAGCUGAAUGUAUUUUGAGGAUUCGGCCUCUCGAAAAGGCUGGUUAUUUUCCUUGUCUGUGGUUGGUGAUGUUAGGUGGGUAAACUAGAUAAUUUGCGUAAUGGUUUUGUUAUCUCUUUUGAGCACUGUAAGCAAUACUAUUGCUGUUUUGAUGAUGAUAUGGUACUAUAAAAUCACUAUUGUCCUUGUGUUUUCCUCUUAA